AUGUUCUACUUCUUUCUCACCGCCGGUUCACUGCUCAGCAGCCAUGUGCUAGCCUCCCCAAGCCCACGGGCAACCACCACCACCACCGCCGACGUGUUGAACUACACAUUCCCUGCUGGCGCGAACUGGCCCGAGCCCCUUCCUAUCACUGGGGACUGGUUCUUUGUUCAUGAUCCCAGCAUGAUCCAGCGCGAGACGGACAGCAAGUACUUUUUGUUCACCACACAUGAUAAGGCAGGAAUCAUUACCUCCAACUCCCUCUCUGGUCCAUACGCUGUAGUGGGGUCUGUGCUCCCAGACAAUUCCUCGAUCGACCUACCGGGGAAUAACGAUAUCUGGGCUCCCGAUGUACACUUUGAAUACGGAGAAUAUUACUGCUUUUAUGCUGUCUCUACCUUUGGUUCCCAGGAUUCGGCUAUCGGUCUCGCAACCAGCAAAUCCAUGGAUCCUGGUACCUGGAUUGAUCAUGGCGAGGUAUGGAAUUCGGUUACCGGUGAUGACUACAAUGCCAUCGACCCAAACUUAUUCUUUGACGAACAUGAUAAACCCUAUCUCGCUUAUGGCUCAUUUUGGGGAGACCUGUUCCAAAUCCCGCUUACACCAAACCUAAUGGCUGGAGUCGGUACCCCACAAGAAGUCUCGUUGAACUCCUCAGACACACAUGCCGAGGAGGGCUCUUUCGUUUACAAGCACGACAACUAUUAUUAUCUCUUCCUAUCUGCUGGCAUCUGCUGCGGGUUCGUGGAGGACGAUUUACCUCAGGCGGGGACGGAGUAUCAUGUUGUAGUCGGGCGAUCUGAGUUCGCACACGGCCCGUUCGUCGACGCUGACGGCGUCGCACUCCUCGAUUCUGGCGGAACCAUCAUCCUCGGCUCGCACGGCCGUGUGUAUGCGCCCGGCGGACAAGCGAUCUUCGUCGACAAGUACUAUGAUUCGAAAGUGCAGAGCUUGCAGGAGCGUGAGGUUUUCGUGUACCACUAUGUGCCAGCGGAUGGCGUCAGCCCGUAUAACGACAGCUAUUCGAGUCUGGGUCUGAAUGGGAUAAACUGGAGCUCAGGCUGGCCGGUAUUGACGAACCUUAAUGUUUGA